AUGAUUGGCUGGUCAGUGUGGCAAUCCCGUCACUCUUUCCCGGUGGGAUACGAUCCAUAUGCCGUGCUCGGUCUUUCUUCCAAGGCCACUGAUACUGAGGUCAAAAAAGCAUAUAAGCGACUUACGCUGGUGCAUCACCCAGAUAAAGUCUCUUUCGAGAUGAGGGAACAAGCCCAAGAAAAAUUCAUUGAAAUCAAUAAGGCAUACAAGGUUUUGACAGAUGAAGAAACGCGCCGUCUUUUUGAUGAGACAGGAAAUGCCGAUGGCAUCCGGAAUAUGACGGUCGGGAUUGCGCUCCCCGCUUGGAUGAUUUCUCGUUCAAAUGUUUUUUGGAUGCUUGCGGCCUAUGGGCUUGCCUUUGGAAUUCUGUUACCAUACGCCAUUGGUCGCUGGUGGAAUUACUCGAAGCUCUACACAAAGCAUAAAGUCCGUUUUGCGACGAUGUCGCUCUUCUAUCGUGAGCUGCGAGACGACACCGCCCUUAUUAAGGGCGUCGGUGGUAUGGCAAUGUGUUACUUAUUGUAG